AUGGCGAGUCGAAAGGGCCGACCACAGGAGAGGCUGGCAGACGGAAUGACCCGCCAAUCCGGUGGGGAGAAGCAUCCCUCUCUGACUGUGAGUCCCAGCAGCUCUCAGCUGUUUACAGGAGAGUUUGUCUCUCUGAGCUGUGAGGACGACGACAGCUCUGCUGGAUGGACGCUGAGGAGGAACACAACCAGAGAAACCAGGACUCAGUGUGGAGCUGGCUGGGGAAGAUCAGCUGGUUCUUCAUGUUUCACCAACUAUAUCUUCCCAUGGGACAGUGGAGUUUACUGGUGUGAGUCCAGAGAGGGAGCAACCAGUAACACCAUCAACAUCACUGUCACUGGUGGACCAGUGAUCCUGCAGAGUCCUGUCCUCCCUGUGAUGGAGGGACAUGAUGUCACUCUGCACUGUAAAACAAAGACCCCUCCCUCCAACCUCCCAGCUGGUUUCUAUAAAGAUGGCUCCCUCAUCAGGACUGAGCCUACAGGUCACAUGACCAUCCACCAUGUUAACAAGUCUGAUGAAGGCCUCUACAAGUGUAACAUCAGAGGUCGUGGAGAGUCUCCAUCCAGCUGGAUCUCUGUCACAGGUAAACCUACAACCACAGACCCGCCCACCUCUGUAGCCCCGCCCACCUCUGUAGCCCCGCCCCCUGCCUCAGUCCCCCUCCAGCUUGUGUUCAGACUGGUCUGCCACCUGGUGGUGUUCUGUCCGUACUGCAUCUCCACUGUCCUCAUGGUGUCUUUAUACCGACGCAGGCCCACAGGAAAUGACCUGCCCGUCUCCAUGGUGAUGACCCCGCCCACCCAGGUUGAGGAGGGAUUGGGUGAUGGCUAUGAUGACGUCAUCAGCUGA